AUGAAUAUGUCACCUUCGCUUAAGUGCUGGCUAAAGAUUCUCUACGUUGUGUUUGCCUUCCUCUCAGCUUUCUUUCUGGGUGCUCUCAAAGCUGUUGUGGUGGGUCCGUUUGCUUGUUUGAUUGUGACAUUGGGGAAUGCUGGGGUGAUUUUAGGGUUGUUCCCUGCACAUGUUGCCUGGACAGUCCACACACUCGUAAAGAUCAAUGGACUUGAUGGUCCUCUUAAAGGAGCCAUCCUUCUGGGUCUACCUGCUUUGUUUGGAAUAUGGUCGGUUUUGAGUUUAGUCGGGACUGUUCUGGGUUUUGGCUAUCAUUUUUUGGCGCCCUGGAUCCUGUCUUUCACGGCCUUUAGACACGAGGAUGAAUCGAAGAAAUUCCUCCACUGCGUUAAAAAUGGGACAUGGGAUACGAUAAAAGGAAGUCGUACUAUGGUUCAAGAUUUCAUGGACAUUUGUUGUCACUCCUAUCCGACUUAUUUGAAGGAGCUACAUGAAUCUGCGGCUACACAUCAGGUGCAGACUUUUAGAUUAGUGCCUUUUGCUGGAUGUAUCCUGGUAAGACUGAAGGUGCAAAUCGUGCAUGUCCCACUUUACACCGCUAUUAUGGUCAUCAAGAAUCUGUACAAGCUAUUCAAGGUAUUUCGCCUGAUACACGAUCUUAUCAGUCGAGAGGGUCCAUUUCUCAAAACGGCUUACAUUCCGAUUGCCGGUUUGACGAUUCUCAUGUGCCCCAUUGCUGCAGCUUUGAGCAUUUUUGCAGCUGCAUUUUCGAGCUGCUUUAAAGGACUAUAUGGAUCAGUCAUCGUGUAUCAGGAAAGAUCUUUUCGGAGAGGCAUAGCUUAUGUCAAUGCGAUGGUUGCUGAAUUCGAUGAGUACAUGAAUGACUGUCUGUAUCUUCAAGAGGGAACUAUACUUCCAAAAGGCAAAAGCGCCUCUGCAUAUGAAGAAGCACCGGCGAUGCUUGUGCCUAGCUUAGCUCAGUCAAGAUCAGUGAGGAAGACAAUACAAGAAAGCCAGAUGGUGCAGGUGUAUAAGGCAAAGAUUCUGAGCGAACAGAUCAAGGUCAUGAGAUUGGAAGAGAGUGAGGUGAGAUUCUUAGAGAAAGUAGUUCUUUUUGGGAGCAAUAAAGCCCGUAUGGAUAGGUGGAAGAAUGGUGGAGUCGAGUCUCAAGAUACUUUCAGAGCUGCUCAGAUACAGGGUAUUAGCAGAAGGAUUAUAGGAAUCAUAAGAAGUAAAUCGAAGUUAUCGACCUACAGAAGGAAAUACCGUCAGGUGGUCAAGGCUUUAGUCACAUAUUCUGCAGAGAAAGGGUUCCAGUAG